AUUGGACAGACGUCACGAAGAGACCAAAAACAGAAAUACUAUUGGCGCUCUCGCAUGUCGAUCAAAACUCUCGCCAUCCACCCAUCAUAAGAGAGCACGAGACAGCCUGGCCACGUUUACAGAGAGAGAAUGAGUGUGGGCUUCAUUGGAGCGGGUCAAUUGGCCCACGCUCUGGUGAGAGGGUUCUCAGCUGCGGGUGUGAUUGCCACCCACAGAAUCACAGCCAGUUCCCCAGACACUGAUCUCCCCACUGUACAGGGGCUGAGAAAACUGGGUGUGAAUCUCACCACCAGCAACAAAGAGACUGUGAGUAAAAGCGAUGUUCUCUUCCUGGCCGUGAAGCCCCACAUCAUUCCUUUUGUACUGGAUGAGAUUGGACCUGACAUUGAAGAGCACCACCUUAUUGUGUCCUGUGCAGCAGGUGUCACUAUCAGCUCCAUAGAGAAGAAGUUGCAGCAGUAUCAAAGAGCUCCAAAGGUGAUGCGUUGCAUGACCAAUACUCCCGUAAUGGUGCGUGAAGGAGCCACUGUUUACGCCACAGGCACUCAUGCUAAGGUGGAGGAUGGAAAGCUUCUGGAGCAGCUGAUGGCAAGUGUAGGUUACUGCACUGAAGUAGAAGAGGACCUGAUUGAUGCUGUCACAGGUCUGAGUGGCAGUGGUCCCGCUUAUGCUUUCACAGCUGUGGAUGCUCUUGCUGAUGGGGGAGUGAAAAUGGGUCUGCCCAGGAGACUGGCUGUACGUCUAGGAGCCCAAGCAUUGUUGGGGGCGGCUCGAAUGCUCUUAGACUCUGAGCAGCACCCAGGGCAGCUCAAGGACAAUGUUUGCUCGCCGGGUGGUGCCACCAUUCACGCCCUGCAUGUCAUGGAAAGUGGUGGCUUCCGCAGCCUCCUGAUCAAUGCUGUAGAGGCCUCCUGUGUCCGGACUAGGGAACUUCAGUUUUUGGCCGAUCAAGAGAAGAUCUCCCCUGCCGCCAUAAAGAAGACAACACUAAACAAAGUGCUGCAGCAGCCAGGUGUGUCUGCAAAUGCUGUGGAAGUUAAACCUCGUGGGAUCAGCCUCUUCAGCAGACAUAAUCCAAGAAUCAAGAGCUGAUCACAUUGUAUCACGCACACAAUCAAGAUCACUGAACAUACAACAAAAACUGUUAUGUACAGAUGUGGCAUGACAUGAAUCCUUUGAGAGCUGCUCUGUAAUCAUUAUUUACAUUUCUGACGAUACCAGAAUUAACCCGUCUUGCCCCACUGGCAACAAUUGUUGCCGAAGUGUAUCACUGUUAUUUUCUACUCACAAUAAAAAAACUCUCAAAGGUAUUAAUGGAACUUUUUCCACUUGUAAGAAAAAAAAAAAAAAAUCUGGGCAUAACCAUGUUAAGUUUGCCAACAGUACAAUAGUAUUGCACUGCUUCAUGACUUUUC